AUGCACACCGAUAUACCUAAUCCAUAUCAAAACGUUUUGUUGGAUUAUGUUAGAUUCAAAAACCAAGUGAAAGAAUUAUGCAAUAUAGUCGAACAGCUGUUAAAUGACGCUUUGAGUGUUACAUGUAACAUCGAGGAUGCUCUGAAUGUUUUACAGAGCUUACAUUAUUUUUCUGACUGGCCACAGUUGAAUUCCCACUUUCAGAAGAAAACAAACGACGUCUACGCCAUGUUGAUCGAGGAUAUAUCAUUAGCUAUGCAAUUUUACACAGACAACAGUUACCAAAUACCGUCCUUUAUGAUUCAAUAUUCAGGUGUCUGCAUAACCGCUAUGACCGAAUACAAAAGAAUCGAGACGUUAAAAAAUGUGAGUAUCUGCGUCAGUGUUAUAGCUAUAAAAAUUAUUAAAAACACAAUGUGUACACAUUAUUACAGUUAA